AUGGAUGAGGAAAACUGCACCACCGUGACAGAGUUCAUUCUCCUUGGAUUAUCAGAUGGCCCUGAGCUAAGAGUCUUCCUUGUCCUGCUGUUCCUUCUCAUCUAUGCAGUCACGGUCUUGGCCAACUUGGGCAUGAUGGCACUGAUUCAAGUCAGCUCUCCACUCCACACUCCCAUGUACUUUUUCCUCAGCCACUUGUCCUUUGUGGAUUUCUGCUACUCCUCAAUCAUUGUACCAAAGAUGCUGGCUAAUAUCUUAACCAAGGACAAAACCAUCUCCUUCCUGGGAUGUGUGGCACAAUUCUACUUGUUUUGUACAUGUUUGGUUACUGAGGUCUUCCUGCUGGCUGUGAUGGCCUAUGACCGCUUUGUGGCCAUCUGUAACCCACUGCUCUACAUGGUCAUCAUGUCCUGGGAACUCUGCAUAGAACUGAUUUCUUGCUGCUACUUCUGUGGAUCGGUGUGUUCUGUGAUUCACUUAUGUUUGGCUCUUGAUAUCCCAUCUUAUAGGUCAAAUGUAAUUAACCACUUUUUCUGUGAUAUACCCCAUCUCUUAAGUCUGGCUUGUUCUGAUGUCACCGUGAAUGAGGAGCUAUUGUUCAUUGUGGCCACGGUCAAUGAGACCAUAACCAUUAUUAUCAUAUUAACCUCUUACCUGUUUAUUCUCAUCACUAUUAUGAAGAUGCACUCUGCAGAGGGAAGAUACAAGGCUUUUUCCACCUGUGCCUCCCACCUCACAGCCAUCAUUGUCUUCCAUGGAACAGUCCUUUUCAUUUAUUGCCGGCCCAAUUCAAGCAACAGUGGAGAUGAUGACAAAGUGGCCACUGUGUUCUACACAGUAGUGAUACCCAUGCUGAACCCGCUGAUCUAUAGCCUGAGGAACAAGGAUGUGAAAGAAGCUCUCAGAAAAGUGGUGGGGUCCAAAGUAUAUUCCUAA